UCGCGUCAUUCGGCUCAGAACCGACGGGACACCUGCGGCAGCGCGUGCGUAGGGCGAAACGGUUGGCGGCUUUCAGAGGAAGUCUUCCGUCGCUCUGCGGGCUGCUGACGGCGCAUGCGCAGACUGACGCUGCGGCUCUUUUAUUGCGGAACUCGCAGAUAUUACAUUUUGAUGAUGACGACUUCAUGGAGCGAUAGACUGCAAAACUAUGCAGACAUGCCCGCCAACAUGGACGGCCUGACCAUGAAGAAAUACAGGAGAGAACCCUAUCACAGAGUGUUUGUGAACAGAAGCUUGGCGAUGGAGAAGAUAAAGUGCUUUGGCUUUGAUAUGGAUUACACUUUAGCAGUGUACAAGUCACCAGAAUACGAGUCACUUGGCUUUGAGCUGACAGUGGAGCGCCUGGUUUCUAUUGGUUACCCACAGGAGCUGCUCAGCUUUGCCUAUGAUCCAUCCUUUCCCACUAGGGGCCUCGUGUUUGACACCAUGUAUGGAAACCUGUUGAAGGUCGACGCCUACGGCAACAUCUUGGUCUGUGUUCAUGGAUUCAACUUCUUACGGGGUCCUGAGAUACGUGAACGGUACCCAAACAAGUUCAUCCAGCGAGAUGACACGGAACGUUUUUAUAUCCUUAAUACACUUUUUAACCUGCCAGAGACCUACCUGCUUGCCUGUCUGGUGGAUUUCUUCUCCAACUGUGAUAGAUAUGCAAGCUGUGAAACCGGAUUCAAGGACGGUGACCUCUUCAUGUCCUUUAAGAGCAUGUUCCAAGACGUCCGUGAUGCCGUCGACUGGGUCCACUUCAAGGGAACUCUGAAGGAGAAGACUGUCGAGAACUUGGAGAAGUAUGUAGUUAAAGAUCAAAAGCUGCCGCUGCUUCUCAGCCGGAUGAAUGAGGUCGCAAAAGUCUUCUUGGCUACCAACAGUGACUACAAAUACACCGACAAAAUCAUGACCUACCUGUUUGAUUUUCCACAUGGCCCAAAGCCUGGUACCGCCCACCGGCCUUGGCAGUCCUAUUUUGAUCUGAUCCUGGUCGACGCGAGAAAGCCCGUCUUCUUCGGUGAGGGCACGGUGCUAAGACAAGUCGACACGACGACCGGACGUCUGAAGAUAGGAACCUACACAGGACCUUUGCAGCACGGGAUAGUCUACUCUGGCGGAUCUUCAGACAUUGUGUGUGACUUGCUGGGGGCUAAAGGGAAGGACAUAGUCUACAUUGGGGACCACAUCUUUGGAGACAUCCUCAAGUCCAAGAAGCGUCAAGGCUGGAGGACCUUUCUGGUCAUACCUGAACUGGCGCAGGAGCUUCACGUCUGGACCGACAAGAGCUCACUGUUUGAAGAACUGCAGGGUCUGGACGUUUUCCUGGCAGAGCUCUACAAACAUCUGGACAGCAGCAGCAAUGAGAGACCGGACAUCAGCACGAUCCAGAGAAGAGUGAAGAAAGUGACACACGACAUGGACAUGUGCUACGGCAUGAUGGGAAGCCUUUUCCGCAGUGGCUCCAGACAGACCCUGUUUGCCUCCCAAGUGAUGCGUUACGCCGAUCUGUACGCCGCGUCCUUCAUCAACCUGCUGUACUACCCGUUCAGCUACCUCUUCAGAGCUGCUCAUGUGCUGAUGCCUCAUGAGUCUACCGUGGAACACGCCCACGUGGACAUCGACGCAGAGUCACCGCUGGCCACUCGAAACCGCAACGACUGCAAGGACCUGGAGGGCAAACGUAGCCACCUGACGCGCUCCUUCAGCGAGAUCAAACCCCCAAACCUGUUCCCCCAGACUCCCCAAGAGAUCACGCACUGCCACGACGAGGACGACGACGAGGAGGAGGAGGAGGAGGAGGAGGAGUAACGUACUGGAAGUGGAGAGCUGUGUUGUUGUGUGUAGCAGGUUUGAGUCAGCAGCAACAAAAGCUACUCUGUGUGUGUGUGUGUGUGUGUGUGUGUGUGUGUGUGUGUGUGUGUGUGUGUGUGUGUGUGUGUGUGUGUGUGUGUGUGUGUGUGUGUGUGUGUAUAAAUGUUACAAUACUGUCAUGCAAUAAACAUACACACACACAAGCUGGACCAGCAGAGUAUUAAAGGACCAGUAAUGAAGUCACAUGACUGUCUGCAUGCUUUGCCCCCAAACUUUGUUAAAUAAGAGUUUUUCGUAACCUUUUAUAUGCUAAGUUUUAAGGAACUGUUAAUUAAACGGUUGUUAUCACUUUAUUUGGAUACUGUCAAUCAUACAAUAUGCACGUUAAUGCAACGAAAAAGAAAAAAAAGCAUUUCAGUUGACUGUGAUUUAAAAAAAAAAAAAAAGUUUUUAUGCAAU